GUGGUAAAGCGGAAGGUCCAAGAUGGCGGACUAAGCGGCGUGGCUUUCCGGAGAAGUUUCACAUUUACGAUCUUAUAGAUUCAAAAAUAGCAUCAAAUACCUCAACUAUUCGCCUUUCCUUAAGCCCACGAAACAAAUUUUGAGCGUGGAGCGACGGCGUGUUACCUGAAGUGAAGAUUGAAGACGUGAUAGAAGAUGGACGACUACUGCUAUGCUAAGAUGGUGACGUCAUGUCAAAGAGAAAGUGAAAGACAAUCAGCGCCACCAACGGAGAACAAUCUGAAAAGCGAAGAUGAAGACGUCCAGCAGCUGAUGGGUAAUCCAGAAGAAGUUUCCCCUCAGUCAGGGGGGAGCUCCACUUUGAAGCAGGAGACUCCACAACCACCCUGCAUUAAAAAGGAAGAGGAGGAACUCUGCAUCACUCAGGAGGGAGAGUGUCUUCUAGGACGAGAGGAAGCUGAUUACACCAAGUUGCAACUGACUGUUGUCUCUGUGAAGACUGAAGAUGAUGAAGAGAAACCACAAGUAGACAACCUCUUAGCUCCACUAUCAGAUAGUGAGGCUGAAGACGAGGUUGAAGAACCUUUGAGCAGCGAUACAGACUGUGAAGGUGAUAUGAGGACUCACACUGACAACAAACACUCUGAAUGCUCUUCAAAGAAGAGAGGUAAAACAUGUUUGAGCUGCUCACAUUGUGCUGAAAGUUUUACUAAAAAGAGCCAGUUGACUCAGCACAUGAGAGCACACACAGGUGAAAAACCUUAUAAUUGUUCGGUUUGUGGCAAAAGCUUUUCUCAAAAAAGCUUUUUAAGUCGACACAUGAGAACACACACAGGUGAGAAGCCAUUUAAUUGUUCAGUUUGUGGCAAAAGGUUUUCUCAAAAAAGCUUUGCGAGUCGACACAUGAGAACACACACAGGUGAAAAACCAUUUAAUUGUUCAGUUUGUGGUAAAAGUUUUUCCCGAAAUUGCAGUUUGACUGAACACAUGAGAACACACACAGGUGAAAAAACAUUUAAUUGUUCAGUUUGUGGCAAAAGCUUUUCUCAAAAUUGUGGUUUGACUCGACACAUGAGAACACACACAGGUGAAAAACCAUUUAAUUGUUCAGUUUGUGAUAAAAGAUUUUCUCUAAAUUGCAGCUUGACUGAACACAUGAGAACACACACAGGUGAAAAAACAUUUAAUUGUUCAAUUUGUGGCAAAAGCUUUUCUCAAAAUAGCAAUUUGACUCAACACACGAGAACACACAUAGGUGGAAAACCAUUUAAUUGUUCAGUUUGUGGUGAAGGUUUUUCUCAAAAUUGCCGUUUGACUCGACACAUGAGAACACACACAGGUGAGAAACCAUUUAAGUGUUCAGUUUGUGGCAAAAGCUUUUCUCAAAAUUGCCAUUUGACUCAACACAUGAGAACACACACAGGUGAAAAAACGCGUAAUUGUUCGGUUUGUGGCAAAGUCUUUUAUCGAAAUACCUCUUUGACCCAACACAUGAGAACACACACCGGUGAAAAACCAUUUAAUUGUUCAAUUUGUGGCAAAAGCUUUUCUCAAAAUAGCAUUUUGACUCAACACAUGAGGACACACACAGGUGAAAAACCAUUUAAUUGUUCAGUUUGUGGUAAAAGCUUUUCUGUAAAUUGCAGUUUGACUCAACACACGAGAACACACACAGGUGAAAAACCAUUUAAGUGUUCAGUUUGUGGCAAAAGCUUUUCCCAAAAUAGCAAUUUGACUCAACAUAUGAGAACACACACUGGUGAUAACAACAUGUAAUUCUUCAGUUUGUACCAAAAUCUUUUAUCAAAAUACCUUUUUGACUGAACACAUGAGAACACACACGGGUGAAAAAACAUUUAGUUGUUCAGUGUGCUGUAAACGUUUCCCACAUAAUGCAGACGCAGUAAAACACAUAAGA